CCCAGUUCACCCUUUUUAUUUUCCUUUGUCCAGGAUGCAAUUCAAGUACCUCGCCGCUGCUCUCCUCUCUGCCUCUGCCGUCUUGGCCUCUCCCACUCAGCAAGAGAAGCGACAAGGUACGCGUUGUACUAUGCCUCUUGUCUAGUAGAACACAGAGCUGACUACAACGACCAUAGAUUUGGGAGACGUUAUUGGCUCUGCUAGUGCGUAUCCUGAGUCCCAAGCGAGUAUCCACGGAGAUGCUAAUGAAUGAUCUACCAUAGUUGAAUCCGCCGCAACCUCCAUCUUCGAUGAGGCAACCAGCCGAGCUGGCGACUUUGGAGACUCUUUCACCAGCCGUGCCGGUGAAAUUGGAGAUGCUGUUACUAGCAGGGCUGGGGACAUCGGUGCCGACAUUACCAGCCUUGCAGGCGAGGUCUUCUCUACCGUUACCUCUGUUGGUGGCAAGGCGUUCACCGUAGUCACCAGUGCCGGAGGUGAAGCCAUUACCCUCGCAGAGGCGGGUGCUGGUGUUGUUACCUCCAAGUUUGGCUCCGUCUACACCGUUGCUACCGCUGCCGUCGCCUCGGAAAUCGCCAACAACGAAGACGAUACCGGGUCUGCCUCGACCUUCCAGGUGCAAACCACUUUGGUCGUUGGUGCCGCCACUGUGCUGGGAAGCGCAUUGCUUGGUGCUUUCAUGACUCUCUAAACACGCGCAUUCAGAAUCGACACGCGUUGAAAACGUUCUGGGAUGGUCUGGCCGCAACACGAACCUGUGGUCGGUCCCUGGAGUUGCGAUCACGACCGCCAACAUCACACGCCUUUGGCGCCAUGUUUAGCCUUCAAGGUUAACUUAUUGGGAUAUUAUACCCCCUUCUCGUUCCUUUCGAUGGACACAUUUGCUUACGGAGCAUGGACGCUUUGCUGGAUAUAAAUGCUCGAGUUAGCCUGAUCUUUUAGUGUACCCAUCUACCAUAGAAACUUCGCACUUACUUCCUGUAAUUAACACCCAUUGUUGCCGUCUCAAUUCAAAGAGUGUUGUAACUCGUG